AAAAGCUUGGGAGAGAGAGGGAGCAAGAGAAGAGAAGAAGGAGAGAAAGAAAACACUCUUCUCUUCGCCGGAACCCUUCCUUCUGCAAAUCGCCGACGAGUCUUCGCCGUUCUUCGUUCUCUCUCUCUCGCUCUCUCUGUUUGUGUUGGUUUUCGGUGUUUGGAUCGAAUUGAAGUCCCAGUUUGGUUUCGAGCGAGCUUGGUUCUUGAUUUCAGAGCUGCAAAAUCUCGCGGUUUAUUUGCUUUGGAUCUGAAAAUUCUGUGAAUUCGAGCUUGUUUGCUUUUGAAUUAAAUUAUUCAGUGAUUGUUAGGUGUAAUCGGUGGUUGAAGUGAGGUUUUGUUUUGUGGGGUGUGAUGGGGGAAGGUGAAGGAGGAGGUGAUUGCCCUCCGAAUAAUGCAUCGUUAGAGGGGGUGCUUCUGCCGUCGAAGAAGCUUGCCAGACAGCUCGAUUUUACCGCCUUUGGUGGGGUGCCGCCGGAACCACCACAGCCGCCGCCGACACUGCCUCUUCUUCCUUCAGUCAGGCCUGUGAAACCAGAAUCUCCAAAAUCAAAAUCAAGAACCAACUUUGAAAUUAAAGACACUACUACUCCGAAGAAGCAAAAGCAGUGCAAUUGUAAACAUUCUAAAUGCUUAAAGCUAUAUUGUGAAUGUUUUGCUUCUGGAAUAUAUUGUGACGGUUGCAAUUGUGUAAAUUGUUAUAACAAUGUUGAUAAUGAAGCGGCUAGACGAGAAGCUGUUGAAGCUACUUUAGAACGCAAUCCAAAUGCAUUUAGGCCAAAAAUUGCAAGCAGCCCUCAUGGAACACGUGAUAUCAGGGAGGAGGCCGGGGAAAUUUUAAUAUUGGGAAAGCACAACAAAGGGUGCCAUUGUAAAAAAUCUGGGUGCCUCAAAAAGUACUGCGAGUGCUUCCAAGCCAAUAUUCUUUGUUCUGAAAAUUGUAAAUGCAUGGAUUGCAAAAACUUUGAGGGCAGUGAAGAGAGACAGGCUUUGUUCAUUGGAGAUCAAAAUAACAACAUAGCGCAUAUUCAGCAGGCAGCAGCAGCCAAUGCUGCCAUUACUGGAGCUAUUGGUUCCUCUGGUUUUUCAUCGCCACCAGUAUCGAGAAAGAGAAAAAGUUCAGAACUCUUCUUUGGGCCUACCAUGAAGGAUCCAUCCGUUGGCAGACUGGGACAACAGGCAAACCAUGUCAGAGCUCAUGCACCCUCCUCAUCCAUGUCUCCUAUCCCAGGUGCUCGUGUUGGACCUACAAGUGGUCCUUCAAAAUUUAUGUACAGGUCCCUUUUAGCAGACAUCAUUCAACCACAACACCUGAAGGAGCUUUGCUCAGUUCUGGUGCUAGUAUCUGGACAAGCUGCUAAGACACUUACAGACCAGAAAAAUUUGAUGGAUAAGCAUGCAGAAGAUCAGACAGAAACUUCUCUUGCUUCUUCCACUCAAGAGCAAUUACCAAGCCAAAAGGACGUUGAUGUUGAGAAAGCUAUGGCUGAUGAUCGCUCAAGUGCAAACCAAGCAGAUAAAAUCAGCCCUGGUAAUUCCAGUUCAGAGGAAGCUGAUGUUCCAAAAGGGAGACCAAUGUCUCCUGGAACUUUAGCAUUGAUGUGCGAUGAGCAAGAUCCAAUGUUCAUGACAGCUUCCUCCCCUAUUGGAACAAUGGCUCGUCAGUGUAACCCGUCUUCGCAAUCACCUUAUGGGCAAGGAAUGACUGAGAUCCAUGCAGAGCAAGAAAGGAUUGUAUUGACGAAAUUUCGAGAUUUUCUUAAUAGGGUUAUCACCAUGGGAGAAAUAAAUGAAACAAAGUGUUCAUCAUUAGCGAGAAGUGAAUUAGAAUCUCAAAAGGACCCUAUCAUCAAUGGCAUUGCAAAUGCCAGUACGGAGAGGACGCAGCAGCAGGGAGCCACUAGUAAUGGUGUUGCCAAAGCUAUUGGUAACUCCAUUACUUCAACAUCUUUGGUCCCUAGGAGUCCUGUUCCUGAAAAUGGGGAGUCUAAGCCGAAGGUCGAAAAAUAGAUACAAAAGUAAUCUAACUUAUAGCCUGUUUGCUUCUAUGGUGAAAUGUUCUAGAAUCACUUCUGGUUAAAAGGUACAAGUCUUGGCUUUUGAGUUAACGUACCAUUUGGAAGGAAAACUAGAAGAAUACCUAGAACUUCUCUGUAAUGUACAAACAUUGCCAUUCUUCAUUUCCUAGCACCUCUUUGAUGGGGCUGUGAAGCAUGCAGCUAAUUAGGAUCAAUUUUCUUCUUAUAUAAUUUAUCUUGAACUGCUUCGGCCAUUCAUAUACAUCUAAAUUAAUUGUUCAGCUUUGACAUAGCUUGUAAAUGUCAGACUUGUAAUUUCACAAAAGAAGCAAUGUAGCUUAAUUACCCUUUCA